AUGAGGUUCCGAGGCCCCGGGCCGCCCAGCCCCGUGCGCGGGAUCAAUAUUGAUCCGGCCCUGGGAGGCGGAGGCGGAGGCGGCGGCGGCGGCUCCGCGCCAGCACGUGUGCGCCCGCACCCCUUCUCCCGAGCCCUAGAACCGCAGACCCCGCCCCCUGACUCGCCGGGACCCUCCUUCGUCUCAAGCUUCCGGCCGGCCCCUUUUCCCGAGAGCUCGGACCCCGGCCCGGGGCUCCGCCGCCGGGAACCGGCGCCCGCGGGAGCCGCCUGCUGGGGCGCGGGGGCCGCCUACGCCCCCGCGGUGCCCUCGCCGCCGCAACAGUUGUCCCGGUUCCGGGGGCCGCCGGGACUCGGGGGGCUCCGGGGUUCCGGGGCCGGCGCCCGGAAGGGGCCCGCUCCUAGGCGCGCCGGGCGCGGCGCUGCGCUAGGGCUGCCGCCGCUCGGGCUCGUGGUCCCGCGGCCGGCCGCAUGCCCCGCGUCGCCGCGGCUACUCGGCCGCCCGCGCCGCCCGGCCGGCCGCCAGCCCCGCGCCCCGCGCCGCGCCCCGCGCCCCCACGCUCCUGCUCGCCGGGCCCUGCGCUCGCCGGGCCCUGCGCUCGCCGCCGCCCGCUCCACUCUUUGCCGCUCGCCGCGCGCUCCGCGCCCUCUGCCGCCCCCUGUCCGCGCGCGCGGCGCCCCGCCGGCCUGGCCUCGCCGCGAGCCGGAGGGAGAUCCUGAGCCUGUUUUAACAGCUGAUGACUUUACCAACUGCACCACGAGGGCCCACAUCAGCGUGUGUUACCGAGGCCCUUCUUCUGUGCCGGGAACCCGUGGGGCCACAGAUGCUCAGCCAGGCCCUUGGCACCUGCUGGGGAACGAGGAUGCAAUGGCGGAGUCCGCCCAUGACCAGCGCGGGGCCUCGGAGCUCAGCGCCUGCCGCGCUGCCCACCCUGGCCCUCGGACUAUUGUCCCGCCUCCGGGAGCAGCCCAGACGGCGCUGUCACAGUCUCUGCAGUGCCGACCUGGCAAACGGCAAGCCUGUCCCCCGGCCUUCCCCAUGCUGGAAACCCUGGCCGGCUUGUCCCAGGGGCGGAGCAAAGCCUACCGCUGCCAGCUGGUGCCACUCGGCCCCUCCUGGUGUGGUCUCAGCUACCAGCCACCAGUUACUAGCCACCAGCCACUGGCCACCAGCUACCAGCCACCAGCCAGCUACCAGCCACCAGCCAACUACCAGCCACCAGCCACUGGCUACUAG